UCGCUUUGGACUGAUCACCACAGCACGCGUUGCUCCGGUGAUCUCGGCACCAGGCUCGCGUCACGCAGCAGUGUCUUUUGUCGGGGGUGACACUGACAGGAGGCUGUAGCCGCGGCUAUGGGGGACUUCUCCUCGGAUCUUGACCUGUCCGGUGUGGAUAGCAGUAGUGCGGAGGGGGCGGAGCUGCUGCGGAUGAUCGCGGACGAGCAGAAGAAAGCGCAAUACACAGCGCAGGUGCACAACUUUAUGGAUGUCUGCUGGGACAAAUGCGUGGACAAACCUGGGUCAAAGCUGGAUUCAAGGACAGAAAACUGCCUGUCUAACUGUGUGGAGCGUUUUAUUGACACCACCCUAUCCAUAACCAAUCGUUUUGCUCAAGUGUUACAAAAAAGAACGCACUGAGAUCCAUGGACUCCUAAACACUGUCAUUCACCGCUACAGGAAAGCGCAAUCUCAGCCAAUAGACUGAACAUCCCCGUUUUUUUAAUGGUGGUGCUUGUAACAUCUAGCUUUUUUUCCCCCCCCCCCCAACAAUUGAUCUAAACAUGCAAUAACCUGUUAUGAUUAAAAGUGUACUAUAACCAUUCUUA